UUGAAGUACAUGUUUGAUUGCUCUGGUCUAGGGGCGCAUCAGUUGCAGCCUUGGGAUUCGAAUUUUCUCUCCGCAAGUCCCUAGUCAUUAUCUGAACACUACAACAAAGUAGUCUAACUGUACUGUACCCAACAAUAUUUCAUUCCAUACAAAGAAACAAUAGCUUCCACAAUGGAUCGGGACAAAUCCAGCCCGUCCCCCACCAACCUCCAGGAGUCCCCAGGUCAACCGCCUCUCCGUACUUUACUGCUGGUUCUGGUUGACUGCAGGAAAACACCGGAGCAGAGUGGAACUGAGAGAGGAGAAGAGGAUCAUGGAGAUGUGAUUUCAUUAAGGGACAUCCCUAAUCGUUGCUCUCUUAGAGGGAGGGGCUUAUCAUCUGGGGAGCCUCAACAACAUCAUGACGCUGACAAGAAAGAGAAGAGUCUCUCCAGAUCAGAACACCUCAAGAAACACCAGUAUAGAGGUAUAGGGAAGAAAUCUCACCACACCUGCUCUGACUGUGGGAAGAGUUUUGCUAAACAGAAGGAUUUGAUAAUUCAUGAACGGAUUCACACCGGAGAGAAAUCGUACCACUGCUCUCAGUUUGGGAAGAGUUUCGUUGCAUCUAAAACCUUCAAAUCUCAUCAGAGAAUUCAUACAGGGGAGAGGCCUUACCCCUGCUUUGAUUGUGGGAAAUACUUCAAUCAAUCAGGAGACCUGACUACACACCAGCUCGAAUACAAAGGAGAGAAAUCUUAUAGCUGUGAUCAGUGUGGGAAGAGCUUCAAUAAAUCAGGAGCCCUGACUACACACCAGCGCAUACACACUGGAGAGAAGCCUUAUAGCUGUGAUCAGUGUGGGAAGAGCUUCAGUCAUUCAGGAGCCCUGACCACACACAAACGCAUACACACAGGAGAGAAGCCUUAUGGCUGUGAUCAGUGUGGGAAGAGCUUCAAUCAAUCAGGAUCCCUGAUUUUACACCAACGCAUACACACAGGAGAGAAGCCUUAUAGCUGUAAUCAGUGUGGGAAGAGCUUCAAUCAUUCAGGACACCUGAUUAUACACCAACGCAUGCACACAGGAGAGAAGCCUUAUAGCUGUGAUCAGUGUGGGAAGAGCUUCAAUCAUUCAGGAGCCCUGACCACACACCAACGCAUACACACAGGAGAGAAGCCUUAUAGCUGUGAUCAGUGUGGGAAGAGCUUCAGUCGAUCAGGAGACCUGAUUACACACCAACGCAUACACACAGGAGAGAAGCCUUAUAGUUGUGAUCAGUGUGGGAAGAGCUUCAAUGGAUCAGGACACCUGAUUACACACCAACGCAUACACACAGGAGAGAAGCCUUAUAGUUGUGAUCAGUGUGGGAAGGGCUUCAAUCAAUUAGUACAUCUAACUACACACCAACGCAUACACACAGGAGAGAAGCCUUAUAGUUGUGAUCAGUGUGGGAAGGGCUUCAAUCAAUUAGUACAUCUAACUACACACCAACGCAUACACACAGGAGAGAAGCUUUAUACCUGUGAUCAGUGUGGGAAGAGCUUCAAUUAUUCAGGAUCACUGACUACACACCAGCGCAUACACACAGGAGAGAAGCCUUAUAGCUGUGAUCAGUGUAGGAAGAGCUUCAGUCGAUCGGGAGACCUGAUUACACACCAACGCAUACACACAGGAGAGAAGCCUUAUAGUUGUGAUCAGUGUGGGAAGAGCUUCAAUCGAUCAGGACACCUGAUUACACACCAACGCAUACACACAGGAGAGAAACCUUAUAGUUGUGAUCAGUGUGGGAAGAGCUUCAAUCGAUCAGGACACCUGAUUACACACCAACGCAUACACACAGGAGAGAAGCCUUAUAGUUGUGAUCAGUGUGGGAAGAGCUUCAAUCGAUCAGGACACCUGAUUACACACCAACGCAUACACACAGGAGAGAAGCCUUAUAGUUGUGAUCAGUGUGGGAAGAGCUUCAAUCGAUCAGGACACCUGAUUACACACCAACGCAUACACACAGGAGAGAAACCUUAUAGCUGUGAGCAUUGUGGCAAGAGCUUCAAUCAAUCAGGAUCCCUGACUAAACACCAACACAUACACACAGGAGAGAAGCCUUAUAGCUGUGAUCAUUGUGGGAAGAGCUUCAGUCGAACAGGAGACCUGACUAUACACCAACGCAUACACACAGGAGAGAAGCCUUAUAGCUGUGAUCAUUGUGGGAAGAGCUUCAGUCGAACAGGAGACCUGACUAAACACCAACGCAUACACACAGGAGAGAAGCCUUAUAGCUGUGAUCAGUGUGGGAAGAGUUUUGCUCUAGAUUUCACCUUGACUACACACCAGCGAAUCCACACGGGAGAGAAACCUUACUCCUGUCUAUGUGGAAAGAGCUUUGCUCAUUCAGGGUCACUGAAAAAACACAAGGAAGCACAAACAUGUUUUCUUUUAUCUCCCUCCUCUCCGGCACCGGUUCCAGAUCCCUCAAUAUAGUUUCAAUAGAAAACAAAGAGUCAUCCAUCUCCCAUUCUCUAACAGUUUACUAAGUUUGAUUACCAUGGUAACCUGUGUAGAUAAUAUGCAGCUCUGGAUCCAUAUGUAUCAAUUGUCUUGGAGUGGUGUGUGUGGAGUGGGGUGUUCAGAGCUGUAUCUUAUUUCAGUAACUCCUGUAAUCCAUUAAAUAAUGUAGAAUGAUGUUUCAAAAAUAGUAGGUUCAUAUUAAUGUGUGAGAGAAAUGUUGUCUGAAGAGAGAGCCUUGAAUUGUACAUCUUUCCUCAUACAGUCAUUGGUUCCUGUUGGUGCUGGGUAGAGAUGUGAGGGGGGUCAUUACCCCCUCAGACCUUUUGUCAGAAGGCCCAGAACAUGUUCUAUAAUUUAAGAUAGGAGACGGUGCCAGUCACAUGCAUUAACCAAUCGUUAAUGAUGAAUUAAUUAUGAAAAAUGUAAAUCAUGCAAAUAUAACUUGUCUGUGUAAGCAGUAUAUAAGAGAACUAACGGGACUGCCCCGAAAGAGCUCCUGACCGACGUGUACUGUGGUGCAUUAAGUUUGUUGGAUCCUCUCCAGCUUGCUGAUAAUAAAGAAUGAUUCAUUUAAGUUUGA